CUCUGCUUGAUCAGGUAUUCUGCUGCUCCUCAUCUAUUAUGAAAAUGGAUGUCAACCAACAAUUUCACAUGAAUGGUGGCGAUGGUGAAACAAGUUACUCUUCCAACUCCUCUUUGCAGAGGAAAGGUGUAGAGAUCACAAAGCCCAUCAUAGAGGAAACCAUAAUAGAGAUUAUUAAUACAAUGUAUUUAGCUUCUCCAGCACCCAAUCUUAGUAAGAGCAUCUGUAUUGCAGAUAUGAGUUGUUCCUCAGGCCCCAAUGCAUUAUUGGUUGUUUCGUACGUCAUGAAUACUGUGUUCAAGACGCUUGUUCGCGAUUCAGGUGGUGUGAGUCGCGCUUCUACACACCCUGAAAUUCUCGUGUUCCUCAAUGAUCUUGCUGGCAAUGAUUUCAACUCAACUUUCAAGUCCUUGCAAGGUUUUUACGAUCAACUCGAGAAAACCUACAACAGAUUAGGUGGACAUGAGGGCGAGCAAAGACAACAGGCAUGUUUUGUUGCAGGGAUUCCUGGGUCAUUUUACGGCAGACUUUUUCCUGCUGACAGUCUCCAUUUUAUUCACUCUUCUUACAUUGGUUGUCUCAGGUUCCUCAAGGGAUUGAGAAGAUUAACAAGGGGAAUGUUUACAUGGUGGAAUCAAGCCCACCAUCUGUAGUUGAAGCAUACUUGAAACAAUUCGAGAAAGUCUUCAGCUUUUUCUGAAAUGUCGAUCUGAGGAGGUAGUAAAGGCAGGACGAAUGGUGUUCUGACAACCUCUGGUAGGGAAAAUGAUGUACGUUCUUGCAGCAAUGAACAUUGUUUCGUCUGGCAGCUCGUGGGAAACAUACUCUCUGACAUGCUAUCACAGGUAAAAUGUAAUUAUGGUUUUGAAUUGGUGACAGGUUAUAAAGUAUGCUAGUCAGAUUCUUGUUAAGCUGUUAUAUACAUGUUUCCACUUCACUAAUUUGGUUUGAUGCAGGGAAAAGUUGAAGCAGAAAAGUUAGAGUCAUUUCAUGUACCUCUUUAUAUAACAUCUUCUUCAGAGGAGGAAUCUAUAAUACUGCGUGAAGGGUCAUUUAUCAUUAAUCGACUAGAAACAUUUGAAGUGACUUUGGACAGUGUUGGUGAUGAUGGGAAGUUAGAUGGAAGGAGCAAUGCUGAUGUUAUGGUGAACAGCCUAAGAGCCAUAUCAGAGCCCUCGCUGACGAGUCACUUCGGAGAAGAGAUAAUUGAAGAGUUGUUUUGUAGGCUUGGGGUAAUCUUUGCGGCUUACCUGCCCCAUGGAAAAAACAAAACUUUGGGCAUAGUCAUCUCUUUGGUAAGGCAGUGAAAAAAUUUAUGCAUAUGAGCUGCCGCUAGGAAUCUCUUUCCAGCUGGUCGUUUUGUGUUCUUUUCUCACACUGUUCAGUUAAUCCCAGGGAACAGUAAAGCUUCAUAGGGUCUUUCUGUCCAGGUGCAGGUAUUUUGCAUCUUCACAGACAUGUCUAUUUCACCGAGCCUCUCGGCAGUAUUCAGAAACUGUUUUUGUCAUUAUAUUGCGGAUUGGUGAUGGCAGUUAACACACCUUAUUAGGGGAUUAUUGUUUACAGUCAUAUACUCAUUAAUGAGUCUGAUACAUUGACACAAGUUGUGCAAAUUGCAUGUAAUCCAAGAGUCUUUGAUAUGCCAUUUUGGAAAAAAAUUAAAACUUGAUGUUCUAAAG